UCUUGUAAAUUCUUCAACAUUAAUUUACCUAUCUUUCUUCCCUUUAAUAAUAUAAUUUUUGAAAGGGAAAAAAUGGGUAUUAUUGAUCACAUAUCAGACAUGUUUGAGGUUACUAGUACUAGGAAGAGCAAACGUAAACCAAUGCAGACAGUUGAAAUAAAGGUAAAAAUGGAUUGUGAUGGAUGUGAAAGGAGGGUUACUAAUGCAGUUUCAUCUAUCAAAGGUGUGAAAUCAGUGGAUGUAAGUAGAAAGCAAAGCAGAGUAACAGUGAGUGGUUAUAUUGAACCAAAAAAGGUGUUAAAAAAGGUGCAAAACACAGGAAAGAAGGCAGAAUUUUGGCCAUAUGUAGAUUACAAUUUGGUGUCAUAUCCAUAUGCAGUUGGAGCAUAUGAUAAGAAGGCACCCUCUGGCUAUGUGAGGGAUGUUCCACAAGCUUUUCAAACACCAAAUACACCUACUGAGAAAUUUACCUCAAUGUUUAGUGAUGAAAAUCCUAAUGCUUGUCAAAUCAUGUGAGAAAGAAUAUAUAUAUAAUGGAGAGAAGUAUUGAAAACACUUUUGAACUUGGCGUAAAUUAUCAGUUUCGUCUCUGAACUAUUGACAGGCUUUAAAACAUCUCUCUACUUGAUUAACUAAAUUUAGAUACAUACUUCGAUCUGUCACAUGAAAUAUAACAAGUGGUUUUAAACUCUUGUAGAAGCAUGUGACUCUUAAUAUAAAGCCGAGACUAGUGUUGAAAACACCCUUAAACUUAGUGAGAAUUUAGGAGUGUAUUUCACUCAUGCUGCAAGAUCAGAGGUGUAUUUAAAUUCAGUUAACCAAAUAAAAAAAUAUUUUUAAGAUUGUCAAUAGUUUAGAAAUGGAACUAAACAUUCAUGCCGAGUUUACUAAUGGAUUCAAUACUUCUCUCUAUAUAAUGCACUUGAAUUUUGUAUCUUGGAAUGUAGUGGGAGUACUAAAAUUUUGGUCUUAGACUAGUCAUAAAGCAAAAAAGUUUGUGUUUAGAUGUUCAUGAGUUGUAUAAUGGAAGUACUUUUCCGUGUACCUUUAUAUUAAUUAUAUGUUGAAAUUAAAUGAUUUUAUUAAGUCA